CUGAUUAUCUAAUUAACAACUCCAUAGAGUAUGGAAUCGACAGCGAGAAUUUAAGUCUUUCAGCAAUCAGGACCAUCAGAGUGCUUCGUCCACUUCGAGCUAUAAACAGAAUUCCCAGUAUGAGGAUCCUUGUGAUGUUACUACUAGAUACCCUUCCUAUGCUGGGAAAUGUCCUGCUCCUGUGUUUUUUUGUUUUCUUUAUUUUUGGUAUAAUUGGUGUCCAGCUGUGGGCGGGAGUGCUGAGGAACAGAUGUUUUUUAAAUAUCAGUGAAAACAUAUCUUAUGCACAUGCAAAUCUUAGCCCAUACUUCAUUCCAAAGAAAAUCAAUCAGGACUAUAUAUGUAGCAUGCCUGGGGAGUCGGGUAUGCGUCAGUGUAAGAACUUUAAUCGGUAUGAGUAUGAAGGCAUCAGAUGCAAUGGAAGUGCCCGCCCUUUUAGCAAUAACACACCUACCAAUGACUCUUGUAUCAACUGGAACCAGUACUAUAGUACAUGUAUGGCUGGCGACAAAAAUCCAUUUCAAGGCGCCAUCUCGUUUGAUAACAUUGGUCUCGCCUGGGUUGCAAUAUUUCAGGUUAUCAGUUUGGAGAGUUGGGUGAAUAUUAUGUACUAUGUGCAGGACGCUCAUUCCUUUUGGGACUGGACAUAUUUUGUUGCUCUUAUAGUUAUUGGCUCAUUUUUUAUGAUUAAUUUAUGCUUGGUUGUGAUAGCAACACAGUUUUCUGAAACAAAAAAGAGAGAGACAGAGAGAAUGAUGCAGGAGAGAAAGCGAUUCCAUUCAUCAAGUACAUUAGCUAGUAACUCUGAACCUGGAGGGUGCUAUUCUGAAAUAUUGAAAUAUGUUGCUCAUUUAUGUCGAAGAGCCAAAAGGGAUAUUACGAAGUUAUACUAUGAAGCUCGUGGACGAACUCACCCUCACAGAAAAAUAAAGCCUGAAUUGUCACUACGAAAGCACAAGAAAAAAGGUACACGCUAUACAAAGGGCACAGCUUUGUCUCGCUUCUCCAAGCCUGGCUCCUGUCCCUGCUGCUCCCAUCGCUGUAACUAUUACUAUCAUGUACUUAACACUACUGACAACCAUAUAUCACGUCGUAAUAGUAGUCCGCUUGCACCUAGAGCUAGUCCCGAGAUGUCAGACAUAGAGUCUGUAUCUUCACCACAACGACCAAACUUUCUGACGGUGCCAAGCAUGAACAGUAUGCGACUGUCAUCUUCGGACUCAGUUAAUACGCUGGCUUUGGCGGCCACUGACGCGCUUGGCCCCUCGCUACUAAAGUCUUCCCCCAACCAUCUGGCCCUGCAUGCGGCCAGUGUCAGUAGAACAUCCUCAUUUACUGUCAGUAGGAAACACCUUCCUUCACUGCCUGAGAUGCUUGCCACACACUGUAAUAAGAAUGCUACAUUAGCCUCCUCAAACACGCUGCUCCACCACAAGGCCUGCCAUAAGGGUCUACCGGAGGAGCUUCUGGACGUAAUCACAGACAAGCAGAUAUCGAGUUACCUCGUCAACGACUAUGACAAACACAGUCAAUGUAAUCACUCCAGUUCCCAUGACAACUGUGAGAUGGAUAAAGACCGAUAUAAAACAGAUCGACGUAAAAAUAAAAACAAAAAUAAAUCCAGUAGCCUAAGUAUAUUUCAAAACUUUAUGGAAAAAGUGGUGGAGCACCAGGUUUUUCAGCGGGGCAUCAUGUUUGCCAUUCUUAUCAACACUGUUGGUAUGGGGAUCGAAUAUCACAAUCAGCCGAUUGAACUUACCCAAGCAGUGGAGUACAGCAAUAUUGUAUUUUGUGUCCUGUUUGCCCUGGAGAUGUUAUUCAAACUGAUGGCAUAUGGACUCUUUGGCUACAUCCAAAAUGGAUUCAAUGUGUUUGAUGGUUUUAUCGUAAUUCUCAGCAUUAUAGAACUGCUGCAGGAAGACGAGAAUAGUGGGCUGUCUGUAUUACGAACAUUCCGUCUACUGCGUAUCCUAAAACUGGUACGCUUCCUGCCAGCUCUGCGGCGCCAGCUGGUGGUCAUGCUGCGUACCAUGGACAACGUGGCCACCUUCUUUGCUCUUCUUGUCCUGUUCAUCUUUAUCUUCAGUGUACUGGGCAUGAAUUUGUUUGGUGGCAAGUUUUGUUGGCGUGACGAGGGAAUCCCCUGCACUUGUGCUGAUGAGUCUAACCCUGCCCUACGCUGCGUUUGUGAUCGAGCCAAUUUUAACAGCUUGUUGUGGUCCUUGGUGACUGUUUUUCAGGUACUCACACAAGAAGACUGGAACACUGUGCUGUAUAAUGGCAUGGAGACAACCUCUGCCUGGGCAUCACUUUACUUUAUAGCUCUAAUGACGUUUGGAAACUAUGUCCUCUUCAACUUACUUGUGGCCAUAUUGGUGGAGGGUUUCUCUACAGACGAGGAGGAAAAAAAGAAAAUGAUGAGAGAGUGCAAGGUAAAGGAAGUACAGUCUAUGACAUCUGAGACCAACAAUAAUGAAGAGAAGAAUGAGACCAUUAAGCUGAAGACAAUUGAUAUGGUACAGGUGAAAAUCAACAAUAAGGAAAAAGAGAAAAUGUUAGCAAUGUGUCCUGUGACCAUUAUUAAAGAAGAGAACAAAGUAAAAUGUGCUCCAGCUCCUGACAUGAACCCACCUAUCAUCACCCACACAGCUGCCACACCCAUGCCGACCCCCCAGGGCUCCCCUAACGAACACGGAUCAAAGGAGUAUAACAAGGUCACCCUCAGUGUCCAUCCUCCUCGGGGAUCAACAUCUUCCAAGUCCUCCUCUACAAACUUAAGUGUGCGUUCUUCACCACGCCUCUCUCCAAGGGUAUCACCAUGUUUGCGACGUUCACAGAGUUAUGGAAGUAGGAACAGCUGGAAAAGUCGCAGGUCACGGGAGGGUGACCGACGUUACUUGGUUCCAGACUGCAAGUUAGAUAGUAUGGACACUGAUGAUGAUGAUGUAUUUCAGCCCAAUUGUACCAUCAUCAAUAACAGGUAUGUAUUCUGGCAAAUUGUACCAUCAUAA